CUCUGAUGAUGCGAGCUUCAUGUAGUUCGUCACUGCGCCCUUUAAUGCAAGACAGCCUCCCCAGUUCACCGUGCUUGGACAAGAUCUGCUCUAUUAGAUUGCAUUAGGACAGUUUCCUUUGGCCUAUGUUAUUGUUUUACACUAUAUUAACCCAUUAUUUUUGAGAGGACACUAAAGAUACUGACAAGUUACCAGAAAGUUCCAGAUAUCAACCAGUCAUGUCCAGAAGAAAGGUGAAGGGACUGACUCGAACCGGGCGCCAGGUGAGCGAGGACCCGGAUUUGGACAACCUGUUGUCCACACUGUCUCCAGAGGAAAUGGAGGAGCUGCAGAUAGACCUAAGCAAAGUGCCGGACAUCAACCCAGAAGAUGGUGCAGUUCUUGUGCAGGGAGACAGCCAGAGCCGGGACCCUAAAAGGGGCAGCCGAAAGGAGAGUGACCCAAAGGGGAGGCUUAGUCAAAGGGAGAAGUCACUGGAGACUGAUUCAAAGGAGAGUCGGACGCAGGAGUACCUGAAUAAAACAGGCUCGAACCAGGAGGGGAACAGUGACAGAAGAUCAACUCUACGAAAACAAACUAGCAUGCAAAGUGAGAGCAAUGCCAAUAGACUGGACGACAGAAACAGCAAAGGUGCUGAAAGUUUGAAAGAGGAUAGAAGUCACCUGUCAGGUCGAUAUAGACUACAGGAGAGCCACCAGAGUGAAGUGAAUGAAAGGGAGAGUCUUUGUGACAAUAGACUGCAAAGAAACAGAGACAGUACAGGUAGCAAAGCCAAGGAUAUGAUCUCUAAGCUCCAAGAGAAGAAGGAUGACAAGGAAAAAGACAAGAGAGAGGAUUUUAGGAGACGGGACGACAGUAAAACUAAAGAUAUCAUCUCAAAACUGAAAGAAAAAAGUGAAAAAGAUGUUGCUAAGGAUCGAGAGAGGAGAUCUGACAGUUUCCGCACUCAAGGGCUGGUUUCAAAAAUGUUGGAGAAGCAGAAUAAGGCACUGGAAAAUCAAGAAAGCAAGACAGAGGAACACAAGACCAAAACAGAUGAGAAAAAGACAGAGGAGAGGAAGAGAAGUGAUGUCAAAUUAGAACGGUCAGUGUCGGACAAGGGUGAUGUGGUGGCAAAACAGGCUGAUAGGGGAAGUGAGGAUUUGGUCAACCACAGUGAUCAUGUAAAAGAAAAAGACAAAAGUGCAACAGACAAGAAGGCAGAGAAAGCAGAGGAGAAGAAUGAGGAUUUGAAAGGGAAGGCUAAAUCUGAUGGAGCAAAAACAAGCAAAACAGAUGAGAAGAUUGUGAAUUGCAUGAAUAAUGACACCCAUAAGAGUAAGACGAAAGAGGAGGAUGAUGAUGAAGAUUCCAGUAUGUUUGAUGAACUGAUGGAGCAAGUUCGCACCAAUAACUCCACCCUCAUAGAACUCAAUGUCAACAACUCAGAGGUCAUCAAGACCAAAACGCUGAUUGAGUUUGCUGAAGCUCUGAAAACCAACACACAUGUCAAGAUUUUUGCUUUGGCCAACUGUCGAGCAGAUGACCAUGUGGCCUACGCCAUAGCGGGCAUGCUUAGGAACAACAAGACCAUCACAAGUCUCAAUGUGGACUCCAACCUUCUUACUGGCAAAGGGAUCUUAUCCCUAAUCCAAGCAUUGCAGUACAACUCCACUCUGACAGAGCUUCGAUUUCAGAACCAGCGUCAUAUUUGUGGUGGGAAAACCGAGAUGGAGAUGGUGAAGAUUCUCAAAGAAAACACCACUCUGUUGAAACUGGGUUACCACUUUGAGUUGGCAGGACCCAGAAUGACCACAACUAAUAUUUUAAGUCGCAAUAUGGACCGGCAAAGACAGAAACGACUACAAGAGCAGAAACAGGCACAGGCAAAUGGAGAGAAGAAGGACACAUUGGACGUUCCCAAAACAGGAAGUGGAUCUUUGAGGAAUUCACCCAAAGCUUCACCAAAACCAUCUCCUAUGCAAUCUCCAAUGCCAUCUCCAAAGCUGACUUCCAAAAGAGGAACAAUGGGCGGUUUGACGCCACCACCCCCUCCUCCACCUCCAGGUGGCGCACCUCCACCUCCCCCUCCACCUAUGCUAGACAUUGACUUGUUGAAGAACUCACUCACACCAGUGUCACAGAGGAAAGUGGAUGGGAAAGGUCCAGGUGGCAGUAAGAACUCAAGGGACCAACUGCUGGCGUCAAUCAGGACAAGCAAUAUUAACCAGCUUAAAAAGGUACCUGUUCCAAAGUGGCUGCAAUAAAUGACUCCUGGAAUUAACCAUAAAGAAGAGGGAGAACACGCCUCUCACCACGACUUACAAUGCUGAAACAUCAUAAAGAGACUGCUUUGCAUGUUCACUCUGAGAAGAUAACAAAAAAAGAGAUCUUUAAUUGGAAGGAUUGCAUAGGACAAGAACUAUGCAAUAUGUGAUCUAAAUGUGACUGACUACAUAAAACAGCUGUUAUUGAGCAAGUAUAAUAGUUUUUAUCAGUAAUGAUAAAUUACUGUUAUGGGACUUCUGCCAAUCCUCACUAUGAGUUCUCCCUCAAACACUGGACCAAAUGACUCUGUGGAGAAUGAGUGAAACAGAAUAUACAAUGCUUGUUUGUAAUAAUGUUUGCGCAUAUGAAUAUUUGCACUAGAAUAUAAUAAGAACCCAAUUAUAUAAUAGUAUGCAUCUAAAUGUGGUAAUAGUGCACUAGCUUACUACAGUAAAAUUUUGAUGUUAUCAGUCUUGAUAGCAGGACUAUUUAUUUACAGAGCCGUAAGUUACUAAGAUUGGGAAUCAUACAUUUGGAAUGGGAAAAUCAGGGAAUUUGCUUUGAAAAUUUUAGAUCAUACUGUUCAAUGAAGUACUUUUUAUUUUGUGUAAAAAUUGUCUUGGGACAAUUUAUGUAAUAUUGGAGACAUUUUUAAGACACCAUGACUUCAUAGAUCAUUAGAAACUCAAAACAUGCUGGAAAAAACUCACUUACUCUAUGGCUGACUGGUGUGUAUCAAUCAUUAUUAAAACCUUCGAAUUUGAAUGUAAUAUGGAAUCCUAUGUCUUAAGUUAACAAACAGCCAUUACUUUUCUGUCCAAGUUGAUUGUAAUCCCUCAUUCAUCUAGGGGUGGUCCAUACACUAUGUCAUCUAAAAUGUGCUGAGCAUAGAAUGAUAUAUCUGUUUGUGUUCAUCUGUGUAAGAGCCUCUAUG